UCUAGCUCUGGCUCACCACGCCCAUCUACCCGUAUGCCAUUGCUUCGUCGCCCCGACGUGCCUUGUCUCCGUAGCUUACUGACGAGGUCGACCGACCGGCGGUGUUCUCAUCUCACCUAUUCCUAGGGGGGGCCGCCUCACAGUCGCAUGUGUUGCCCCACGAAGCGAGUCCGAGUCGAGGUCCAGUUGCCAUGGCAGAAGACGGUAGUCACACCGACCGAAUCCCCGACGACAUGACCGGAGCGCCUGACACCACCGCUCAGGAGCCGGCUAGCCCAGAUCUUCCCUCGCCUAACAAGGGGACUAUCCCGCUGCUGCUCCCACCGCACCUCCGCCUGCGCCCUGACGAUAGUAGCAUAGUCGAGACCACGCGUCUCGAACACGACGAGAAACAUCUGGACUCGCUGGCAGAGGAACGGGAGGUCAGGGCUCACCUGGAAGAUGUCGAGUCUAGCUUCAUUCCCCCAAUAUCGCCAAUUCAGGUCGCUGGUCCCGAAGCAGGCGCGGACGAUACAUAUUUAUUUGACGCCACCACGAACAAGCCACCAGCCUCCAUCCUCGUCUCUCCGCCCUCUGAUCCCGUUUCCGGGCCCGAGCCCGAACCUGUGCUCAAGCCCGAGCCGUCACAACCUCAACGCGACGCAUACCGUGACCCCUCUACCGAACCAGCCACUGAAUCGAACCCCGUCGAGAAUCCCGCCUCCCUUCAUCCGGCUACUUCCAUGUUGGGCCCUUCCCUCCGUGAUGACUUCCAGAAUACGGUCACCCGAGCUGAAAACAGGGAGCCGACCCUCCCUGAGCCCCUACCCGACGAUCCUGAUGUCACCGAAAGCGGCAAUUCGACGUCGGCCCUGGACAGUCUGUCCUCCCCGACCGCUGCUGCCGCCGCUCGUGCCGUGUCAAGGGCGAUGCCCGUAGCAAGCAAGCAUGCCGGCGAGAGCUCGGCGAGCGCAGAAGGCGACCUUGAUGCCCCGCCACGGGAUAGCUCGAGUCUCGAUGCGCCAACCGAGGAGACUGUUGAGGCUCUAAAUCUUGAUCACCAGAACUCGGACCAGAGCCUGCACGCCCCGGAGAAUUCGCUAGGGCUAGGCAAGCGCCCUAAGUAUCUUCGUAGCCGAAAUGCGAGUCAGCGAUCUUCCACCUCCUCCUUCCUCUCAAACGAGGAUGUGGAGAGCGAUGUUACUGUAGGCCUAGGUGCUGACUAUGCGCUGCAAACCGGAGGUGCUAUGCCCACCCUCGGCUUGACCCGGAGCGCCAGCAAUACCCUGUCCCGCUCGGUAAGUAUUGGCAGCAUGGCCUCCGGGUUCGACGAGGCCCCAGAUCCCAUUAGACCAGAUCCUUUGGAGCCACUAGAAGAAGUCGAGAGCCCGGCCCCGAAGCAUCGCGCCGAUCCGCUCGCGACUCCGAAGGCGAAGAGAGGUUCCCUAACGGCUCCGACAGACACUGUCAUCGCAAGACAUGUGCGCAAUGUAGAAGUGCCCGAGUCUCUGGCUAAUGAAUACAAGACGAAGGGUGGUCUGUCGACACCGGUUCACCAACCCUACAGGAAACCAUCCAAUUUUACGCCCGCGACUACUAGCACUGCUGCGCGGAGCGGUAAAAAUUUAACACUCAAGGAACAAUCUAGCACUAUCGAGCGUCUAUCGAAGGAGAAUUUUGAUCUCAAGCUGAAGGUUAUGUUCCUUUCCGAUCGUCUAGACAAGCUCUCCGAAGAAGGUGUUAAGGAAAUGAUCUCGGAGAAUGUCGAGCUCAGGACCUCGUUAGCCGUCACCCAGAGGGACAACAAGAUUUUAAGGCGUCGGGUCAAGGAGCUGGAGAAGCGCCUUCGCGACGAGGAAGACCGCCCCAGCACAGCAAGAAGCGGAUACUCCUCGGACGGAGCCGCCACUCCCGCCUUCGAUCCCGAUGCGCAAGAGCGAGAGGAGGAACUGCUAUACCUAAGAGAGCGGGUUGAGGAAUACGUCGCCGAGAUUGAGAGGCUUAGGAGCGAGAACAUGUCCAACCAAGCGGAGAAGAGGCGAUUGGCAGAGACCGUCAAGACGAUGGGAGAUCGCGCCGGUGAGCGCGCCGGCGACGGCCUGGGCCGGCAGGAAGAGGCAGACGUAUACAAGGAUCUUCUCGAGCAGGAAACAGCCCGUCGCGAGCAGGCAGAUGAUGAAAACCGAAAGCUUCGAGAUGAGAUAUUCCGAUUGAGGCAGGAGAUGAACGGAUCAGCGUCUGGUGGUGGUGGUGGAGGGGGCGGAGGGGGCGGCAUGCACCACACGACCAACAUCUACAACAUCACGCGAAAGUCGAGGCCUAUGUCGCCCUCAAGAUCGCGUCCCGUGUCUGGCCUAUCAGGCGAGAUUGAUCCUAGCUCCUCGAGUCAAUCGGCAACUCUCGUCGAAGAGCUCCGUAGGGAAAGUGAGCAGUUACGUCACGAGAAUGCUGAGCUGAGGAGGGAGGUCGGUGCGCAGACCUCCAUGCUCACCUCACGUAACCGCGAGAAGGAGAGGCUGUACCAGGAAAUUGAAGAUCUUAAAUUGGCACAGCGGCGCGGUGGCCCAGCACCAUCGACCAUUGACAGCAUCCUCGAUAGGUCUGCCUCGCGCGCGGGUGGCCACGAGCGGUCAACGUCACGAGGCAGCGGCCGUACUAGACUAACCAUGACGGUAGAGGAGGACCCGGACCGGGAGGAGUUGGAAAAUAAGCUAGCCGAGCACCGCGAUAAGGUGAAUGAGCUCAAGUUCGAAAAACAGGAGCUUCAGCGCGAACUGCAGAUUUGCAUGGAAGAACUCGACCAUAAAACAGAGGCUAAGAAACAAGUCGACGAGCACAAUGCCGCUCUAGAAGAGGAGCUCCAAAAUACGGUGAACGAUCUGAUGCAGAUCCAAGCAGAGCGAGACGAGGCGCUACAGGAGCAGGCACACUUAGAAGCUGAAUUCGACAUACUGCGAAAAGAAGCCCAGGAGGAAAUCGACUCACUCGAGUCUGAGAGCGACCAGAAGGGCGACGAGAUCCAGCGGCUGCAAAUUGAGCUGCAGGACCGAACGGAAAAUUUCGAUGCCCUCCAGGAAGAGAUGCGCCAAAUGAGCGAAGCAUUAGUUAGACUCGAGGAUGAACAGGAGAAGAAGCUGAAGAGGAUUGAGCAGCUUGAACAGGAGCUGUCCGAAUCUAACAAGGAACUCGAGGAUCUCGAGGUCAAACUCCUCGAGGCCAACGAUAAAUCGCAGCGCCUCGGCGUCCAGCAGGAAUCCAGCCAGGGCGAAAUCGCGUUCUUACGCGAGGAGCAGGAGGCAGAUAAGAUCCGAAUCGGUGAUCUUGAGGCCGCACUCGCGAGCACCGAACAGAGUCUGCGGGAGGAACGUGACCGAACCAAGGAAUUAGAGCAGCGUCUCGCCAACGAGCGGAAGCAGAGCGAGAUCGUAGCGACACGCGAGAAGGAGGAGGUUCAGCAGUUUGUAAACGAGCUCAACCGCGAGGUUUCCACGGCCAAAGACGAGGCCAGGCGAUUACGCAAGAGUCUAACGAGUAGGGAGGUCGAGGCUACGGAAUGGAAAGAGAGGCUUAUGGAGCUGGAAAAUAACUUGCGUGAGGCGCUGGGAGACUUGAAUGGGACAAGGUCCAGUUUACUCAAGUCAAUCGCCAAACUCCAGAGGGAGCUCGAAAAUACUGUCCGCGAACUCGACACUACGAAGAACUCUAUGCUUGAGAAGGACCGCAUAAUUAAACAGCGCGACGCCCUGCUCGAGUCGCACGGCCUGGAAUCCCGGAGACUGGCAGAGAUGCUCGACAAAGAACGCCAGGCUCAUCGGAAUACCAAGAAUCAGUUUGAGACGUUCCAGCGCACACAUCAACACGUAUCACGGACGGUCACAAGCCAGGAUUCGCGCAUAUUGGAGCUAGAGGCAAGUCGAGCUACGGACAAGAAGAAAAUUGCUCAGCUCGAGACUUCGUUUAAGGAACAGCUUAACGAGCGCAACAAUCUCCUUCUUAUCCUAUGGACGCGCCUCUCGUCGCUCUGCGGCUCCGACUGGGCCCACGACAACAGCCUCAUCAACGGCCGAGCUCUGCCUUCGCUAGAAUCCGUAUCCACCAUGCUCCCGGGCUUUGCGAAGAACCUGCUUGGUGCCGUCAAGACCAUCGAGAGCCUCGUGGGCAGUUUCCAGUCCCGCAUCAAGGCAGUCGAACGCGAACUCUGGAAAGAAUACCAGUCGCUCGAGAACAGUCUAGACGCCAAGGGCAAGAAGCUUGAGCGCCUAGAGACCAUAGUCCGCACUGGCAUCGCCGCUGGCAAUUUUGACGCGCAAGCUAAAGUGACGCAAUUGGAGACGGCUUACCGUGCACUCAAGAUCGAGAACGCGACUCUGCAACGUGCCAACGAUGCGCGCACUCGCGGCGCCGGAUGGUCCGGGUCUAAGAAGCUCAGCAGCAACGGCUCACACGAGGAUCUCAUCGACGGUGGAAGCCCUUCACCAUCGGUUCCAACCGGUCCGCAUCGUAGGGACUCCAAGCUUCCUCGUAGCAAAACGACUCAUCUAGAUACGGGCACUUCAGGUACCAAAAGCAGAUCCGGGAGCAUAUCUCGAAGCGCCUCUACCAUGGGUGUCGCCGAGGCGGAGCGACUGGGGACUUCGAACGGCGAGGGGUCUUCCGGGAAGAGCGGAGACGACAAUCGCUGGAUGUUUAGACUAAGGGAACUCGAAUACAAGCUCAAGCAGGAGAGGGAGGCCAGGCAUAUGGACCGAGUCGCGGCGAGGCAGAGGAUUCAAGACAGCGAGCGACAGAAUAGUGAGCUCACCGCGGAACUGGUGCGCGUCAAGAGGAGAGGGAACGGGGAGUAAAGAGAAGCUUCGGAGUCAACUCAUGAGGAUAGCUUGUCACAACGCAGGCGUGGU